CAGCGACUGAAAGUUAUGGAUCGACAUUCAGAGUACGAAUACACCGAUAAUUUUAAGCUUUCUGAGCAGGCGAAAAGGGACUUUGAAGAAUAUGGAUAUAUCCUAAUCCGGGGUCUACUUGACAAAGAAGAAGUUAAUAGAGUACUGAAAGUACUGGAGGGCAGUGACGCUAUGAUGAAAGAAAACUAUGAGUUUGAAGAAGUAAAUAAGGCAAAGAAGACGCAACGAAUAAUUUGGUCGCACCCUGGUUCUGACGUCACAGGAAUGGUAGCUCGCAGCGAAAAAGUUGCAGGAACAUGCGAACAGCUUUUAGGAGGAGAGGUGUAUCAUUACCAUGGGAAGAUGAUACUGAAAGGGGCACAGAAGGGAGCCCAGCACCUGUGGCACCAAGAUUACGGAUAUUGGUACAACAACGGUUGCCUGUUCCCUGAUAUGAUGACGGUUUUUAUUCCAUUGGAUCCUUGCAGGAAAGAAAAUGGCUGCUUACAGAUACUGGAGGGUUCUCAUAAAUGUGGCAGGAUUGACCAUCAUCCUGUUCUGAAGCAAGCCGAGGCGGAUCUAUCACGGGUGGAAGAAAUCAAGAAGACUUGUCCUCACAAGUUUGUUGAAAUGGAUCCAGGUGAUGCUCUGUUUUUCCAUUGCAAUGUGCUACAUCAUAGUUCUGAUAACAACAGUGACAUGCGCAGAUGGGUGUACAUCUGUACUUACAAUAAAGCCAGCAAUGACCCAAUCAUUGAACAUCAUCACCCAAGAUACACCCCACUUACCAAGGUUCCCAACUCUGCAAUCAAGGAGUGUACCAACUUCACAGACAUGAGUGGAAAGGACUUCAUCCACCCUGACCGUAAUGCAACACUGACGGAACACAUACGCGUUGUUCAUUAAAGGAAGGAGAGGAAAAAUUGAAAACAAACAUUUUACUUCACUAUCUUGAGGAUAUACCCAUAUAUUUACUCAAGUUUUGUUUUUAAGAGAAAGGAAAAUAAUGAGAAUCUUUUGUUAAAAUGGUUGUGAAGAAUUUUGAAAAUAUUGAUUCAUUAUUAUUAUUUUUCUUUUGGUCAAAACUAGCCAAAAUACGCAUGUAAGGUUCAAUAAUGGGCAUAAAAGAUUCUCUCUCUCUCACACACACAUGAUUGUGUGGUGUGUUUUCUUUAUAUUUCAGGAGAUACAUACUUCUAUCGUGGCCUUCAUUAAGCAAGACUGGUAUAUUACUACUGUAAUUUUUCAAUCUGUCCUAAAGUUAAAAAUUAUCUAAUAAAAUAAAUUAUGAAAUUACACAAAA